AUGAAGAUCCAAAAGAUUUACACAUAUCCCAUCAAGGGCAUUCGAGCCACUGAACUCAACGAGACGGUGGUCACCAAACAUGGCUUCCCUUACGACAGAAGAUACAUGCUCCUCCAGGUCGAGGAGGGGGGUGGCUACAAGAAUAUGGCGAUCGGACACUACCCUGCCAUGGCACGAUACUUUCCAUCCAUCAACAUCCCCGAGGACGGCGACGCGCUGACCGGAACUAUCACGAUUGCAUACAAACCCCCAAAUGCAGAAGGAACAACGUUCGAUAUACCCUUAGUACCAAAGACCGAUGGCUUGGAGGAAGUCGAGGUCACAAUGCACAAGAGCCCAACGAAAGCGUAUAAGAUGGCACAGAAGUAUAACGAGCAAUUCUCGUCCUGCUUCGGCUUUGAUUGUAUACUUGUGUAUCUGGGUACGGACAUGCGCAGAGUGCUCAUGACAACGAGUGGCAACAAGCAAGCUUCGGAAAGUGGAUGGCUUUCAUCCAUGACGAGCAAAGCCACACAGCUUGUCAUGGGCAACAAUGAGCAAGGCGAGAAGAUCACCUUUGCAGACUGCGCGCCAUACCUCGUUGUAUCGGAGAAAUCAAUGGACGAUGUUCACCACCGAUUACAAGAUGGCGAGCCUUAUGACAUCGUCAAGUUCAGACCCAACAUCAUCAUAUCCGGCGCGGACGAACCAUGGGAGGAAGAUUUCUGGGGUGAAUUGACCUUUGGUGGUGAUACGAAGAUAGUGUGCGACCACAAUUGUGGUCGUUUAAGUUCGACUUGUUCUGCGAGCCGUCUCUUCGCCUAA